AUGACGCCCAACAUCUCUGAAGAUGAGAUAGACGAUCUCAUUUACUUCGCACGUACUGGAGAAGUCGAUGAGCUCAACUCACUGAAUGAAACCAUCUGCCAACGAGAAAGUAUCUCAUCACUAGAAUUUCUAGAUUUGGUAAAAGAUGAGAACAGUGGAAACGGCGUCCUGCAUAUGGCAGCUGCAAAUGGACACGAUAAAAUUCUUUUAGACCUCUGCAAAGCGCUUUCGAAUCCAUCCCCGCAGACUCCUGCCAUGCUCGCGAUAAUCAAUUCCCAGAACAAAGCUGGAAACACACCCUUGCAUUGGGCAGCACUGAAUGGACAUCUAGAAUCCGUGAAAGUUCUCUUAGAUAACGGGGCUGAUCCAACGAGAACAAAUCAAAGAGGACAUGAUGCUGUCUAUGAGGCUGAACUAAAUGACAAGAAAGAAGUCGUGGAAUGGGUUCUCAAGGAAGGCGGAGAGGGCCUCGAAGAAGGCGUCGUGGGAGAGACAGGCGAAGGCCGUGCCGACGAAAGCGCGGACGAGGAUAUGCAAACAGAUGAAACCGAUGGCGUCAAGGACGAAGAAUUAUUGAAAAGAAUUGGGGAGCAGUUGGGCCACUUGGGCAUCCAGGACGCCGAUCCGAAAACUUGA